AUGGGCCUUUGUACCGCCUCCUCAUGCUGCUGCCAGGCCCGUAAUCUGCCAUGGGCCCCCGUACCGCCUCCUCAUGCUGCUGCCAGGCCCGUAAUCUGCCAUGGGCCCCCGUACCGCCUCCUCAUGCUGCUGCCAGAUCCAGAGUGUGUCAUGGGUCCCUGUACGGCCUCCCAUUGCUGCUGUCUCCAUCGCCACACUCUGCCAUGUGCCACUUUCAGGUCUCCUCACACUGCUGGUGGGUUCCAUUUUGUCAUAGGGUGCUGUAUGGCCUCCCAUUGCUGCUGCCUCCACCGCCACACUGUGGCUCCACACUCUGGUUUUGGCCCCGUGACUGCCCAAAUGAGUGAAGUGUGCGGUGAUUCUAAGAUCGACGGCACUCAUCUGCAUGUCAUACUGACUGACAGUAUUAUUUCUCUUCCCCAGCAGACUCCAAGGGCAUUUAAAUUAAAGGUACAGUGUUCUGCACUAAUAUAA